GCCACACACAGCAGCACGAUCGACGCGUGGUGUGUGUCUCUCUCAGGAUGUCAUUCAGAGUUCCUGCUUGUCGCCACCUUGCCAGGGUGCGCAAGACUGCCACCCUAAGCUCGCCGAGAAAGUGGAUACCGAUGGUGGAAUCCGCGGCUCGUCUUCACCAACAUGCAGCAGCAGCAGCAGGGGUGAUUGCAAAUCACCCGCAGCACCGGCAUCCCCCUUUCUCUCGACCACUGCAGAGACACCAGCAAGGCCGGCAACCGGAUGAUUGCCCUUCCUUUGUUGGGCAGAUACGCCUGAAGCACGGAGGAAAGAAAGGGAAAAAGGGCGGCAGAGGCCAGAAGGCCUCCGCCGCAAGCAGCGCCGCGGACGGGGAAGACAUUGCCGAGAGCCUCGACGACAUCGCUGGCAUCCCCGAAUCUAAAGCCCGCUUCGACAAAGUUUUGCAGGGCCUGACUCGCGACUUCCAGGGAUUGCGAGGGGGAAAGACAGAUCCGGGCAUGCUGGACAACGUGAGGGUGGAAUCUUACGGGUCGAUGACGAAUCUCGCCUCGGUGGCGCAGGCGUCCAUGAAGGGGCCGCAGCUGAUCGUUCUCAGCGUCUACGAUCCUGGGAUGACUAAGGUGGUAGAGGACGCCAUUCGAGAGUGCGGCAUGGGCCUCAACCCCAACUCGGAGGGGCAGGGACAGGUGCACGUGCCGAUCCCCAAGCCCACCAAGGAGUCGCGGGAGGCCGUGGCGAAGGUCGCCGCUAAGCACGCCGAGAAGUCGAAGGUGGUGGUGCGAGGUAUUCGGCACAAGAUCUUAGACCAGAUCAAGAAGAAGAAGGAUUCAUUCCCAGAAGACGAUGUCCACAUGAGGAUCAAGGAGAUCGACCAGUGCACGAAGGAUGCGGAGGCCGGCAUUGCCGGCAUGUUAGAGAAGAAAAAGGCCGAGAUCCUCACCGUCUAGAUCUAGAUAGGUAAAGUAGAGAUUUAUUUCGAGAGAUCUCUUGAUCUCGGUUGCUCUGUCUCUCGCUCUCUGUCGGUUCCUGCUACCGUUCGACGAUCACGGCCAUUUUUCUUGACAUGUUUUUUCAGUAUGAAAUGUGUGUCCAUCUUGCGCUCCUUUGGAAGUAGGGAGGGUGGAUGGGUGGCUGUAUGGGCGUACGCGAGGCAGAGGCCAAACGUAGGCAGUUGUUUCGCCGCGGUAUCUGGCAGGAGUGUAGGAGUGUGUUUGCGGGGAUACUUGCGGCCUAGGAGCACGGUUGUAGCUUGAUCGUUGGUCUCGUGGCAGGAAUGUUGCUAUUUCACCGCUCCCUGCUCUGUGCCGCCUUUUCUAAUGAGCACGCGUUGCUGAGACGUUGCCCGCAGAAGAAUAGCACAUCCCUGCUCGGAGUUCUACUUUUGUUCUUUCGGAACUACGGUAGUAGUGAGGCGGGACGCCUCUGACUGUGCGUAAUUUUGGAGGUGUUGUCUCAUACGUGCGGAGGGGUUUCACACGACGCUGUGGCGUGUUUUCUCUGUCAGAGCGUUUGCCCUGCCCGGGCUGCCGACAAAUGGUCGGGGCCAUGCCAUCCCGCUUUUCAUUGGUUUUGUUGUGCUGUGGUCAAGGUUUUCUGGACGUUGCGCUUCCGCGGCCGUGCUAGCUAUGGGGCGGCAGACAGUACCUUUUUUUUUGUGGACGGACGGUGUAACGACACCG